CCUCCCAGUUUAUGAUCUGAGCAGUAGUCGUAGCAGUUUUCCACCUAGCUUGCUAGCUGUGUCUUUUUUUUUACCCUCAAAGGACGACGACGGCUGUAUAUCACAUAUCAGGCUCCUUUUGUGAGGACCAAUUUUUUUCCCCUCCUCCCUUUUCCUGUUUUUUUUUUUUUUCUUUUUGUUUUAUUGGUUUUGCUGUGGAGAGAACAACUUCACCAUCACAGAACUGCAGCCAGUUUUUUUUGAUGGUGUGGGGUCAGCUUGUACCCACGGACGGACACAAGCCUUGUGUAACGGAUUACCGGAGGAAACAUGAGCACAGCCAAGUCUAGUGGGAUCAAAGUGCCCAGCAAGAUAGCUCGGCCCCCUGGGACAGGAGCUCCCAAGACCAACCCCAGCACAGGAGCUAAACCCGACAAGUCCACUGUGAGUGCCAGUGGAGGAGAUGCUCAAAAUGAUGAGGAGAGCUUCCAGGUUGGGGAGCGGGUUUGGGUGAAUGGGAAUAAGCCAGGCUACAUUCAGUUUUUGGGAGAGACACAGUUUGCCCCAGGACAGUGGGCAGGGAUUGUUCUCGAUGAAGCGAUUGGGAAGAAUGAUGGGUCAGUGGCAGGGGUGCGCUACUUCCAGUGUGAAGCACUGCGAGGUAUAUUUACCCGCCCAUCCAAGUUGUCUCGCACGGAGAUGGAGGCGAAUGGAACUCAGACAGCACCAGCUUCCCGAGCUGCAUCACCCACACCUUCAGUUGGUAGUGUGGCAGCUCAAACCCCUGCCACAAAAUCAACAUUACCUUCAAUUACCACAACAGACAAGAAGCCCUCCACCACUACACAAGCUGCACCAUCUGCACCGGCUACGCCGGCUACACCAGCUACACCAGCUACGACAUCUUCCAACCUUGCACGCACAAAUAGUGAAUCUGUCUCCAACCUCUCCGAGACUGGGUCAGUCAAGAAAGGCGAAAGGGAACUGAAGAUGGGUGACCGUGUCUUGGUUGGUGGUACAAAGGCAGGAGUGGUCCGUUUUCUUGGAGAAACUGAUUUCGCCAAAGGGGAAUGGUGUGGUGUUGAACUGGAUGAACCUUUAGGAAAGAAUGACGGAGCAGUGGCAGGCACAAGGUAUUUUCAGUGCCAACCCAAAUAUGGCUUAUUUGCUCCAGUGCAUAAAGUGACACGCAUCGGCUUCCCUUCCACCACACCAGCCAAAGCUAAAGCAGCAGCAGCAGCAGCAGCUCGGAAAGUAGUGUCUACUCCAUCAGGACUGAAGAGAAGCCCCAGUGCCUCGUCCAUCAGCACCAUGAGCUCUGUUGCGUCUUCUGUCAGCGCAAAGCCGAGCCGCACAGGCCUGCUAACAGAGACAUCAUCAAGGUAUAAUCGCAAGAUUUCGGGCACUACAGCCUUGCAGGAGGCAUUAAAGGAGAAGCAACAGCAUAUUGAGCAACUAAUGGCUGAAAGGGACAUGGAGAGAGCCGAGGUUGCCAAGGCCACCAGCCAUGUUGGAGAGAUGGAGCAGGAAAUGAACCUGCUCAGGGAUGAUCAGGAGCAGAUGGAGAGUAAGAUGGAUCAGUUACGUGCCUUGGUAGAAGCUGCAGACAAAGAAAAAGUGGAGCUCCUGAAUCAGCUGGAGGAGGAGCGUAGGAAGGUUGAGGACCUUCAGUUCCGUGUAGAAGAAGCUUGUAUUACCAAAGGGGACCUGGAGACGCAGACCAGACUGGAGCAUGCCCACAUUAAGGAGCUUGAACAGAGCCUGCUCUUUGAAAAGACCAAAGCAGAGAAACUCCAAAGAGAGUUAGAAGACACUAGGGUUGCCACUGUGUCUGAAAGAUCUCGUAUAAUGGACCUUGAGAGGGACCUGUCACUGCGUUCAAGAGAGGUAGCUGAUCUGCAGCUGCGUCUUGGAACUCAGCAAGGCUCUGAGGACUCCAAAAUUUCUUCUCUUCUGGAAGAGAUCAGCUCGAUGAGGGAUCAGCUGGCUUCCCAAGAAUCUAAACAGCAAGAAGAGCUGGCGACGCACAAGCAGAAGCAAGAAGAUCAAGAAAAGGCCCACAGUGAGGCUGUUGCCCAACUCCAGACUGCAUCUGUGAAGCUCUCUGGUGAAAAUGAGCAGUUGCAGAUUCGCUUGAGCCAGGCUGAAAAGGAGAAUGCUGACACAACUGAAUUGUGGAGAUCCAAGUUGGAGUCUGCCAUUGCCUCUCACCAGCAAACCAUGGAUGAGCUGAAGAUAUCCUUUAGUAAAGGUGCAGGUGCCCAGGCAGAAGAGCUUGUAGAAACCAAAAGUGCCCUAGAGAGACUGAAGUUCGAGUACAAGUUGGCUCUAGAGGAAGCUGGAGCCAAACAUGAAGCUGACUCCAUGGCUUGGGCUCAGGAGGCACAGGCACUGAAAGCACAGCUGUUGUCUUUGACCGAAGACAAAGAGCGACUGGAGGACGCACUGCGGUCCAGUGUUGAAAAAACAGAGGAGCAGCACCUUGUGGAGAUGGAAGAUGUUCUUGGAAAGCUUCAUACUGUUGAACUUAGGGUGAAGGAGCUUGAAGAGAAAGAGGCAGUGUUGACACAACAGGUUGGGGACAAGGAUAAAGAAACCAAAGAGCAGAAGGCAGAAAUGGUGACUCUGCGCAGCCAAGUGGCACAAGCUAACCAGGAGGCUGAGAACCUGAAGAGUCAGUUGGGGAACCUUCAGAGCCAAGAAAAUGACCAAGGCAAUAAGGUCAGUGAAUUGAGCUCUCAGUUGGAGGCUCAGCAGAAGGAAUUCCUGUCUUUACAGCUGACUCUAACUACUGUAAAUCAGAAGAAGGACAGCCUGGAACAAGAACUUGGAGAUUUGAAACAAAAGUUGGCUGAAAGCACAGGGGAGCAGGCAAAAGCAGCAACAAAUAUGCAAGAAACACUUGAGAAGCUCAGUAAGAAGGAAGAGCAAUGCACGUCACUGACCACAGAAUCGGAGUCUCUAAGAAGUCAACUUGCUGGACUGGAGAGGAAACUGAAGGCUGCAGAUGAAAAAGCUGAGCAGCUUUCAAAGGACAAAAGCAAGCUGGAAAAUGAUAUUUCAGACACGAUGAAGGCAUCUGGUGAUAGUUCUGUACAGCUGACCAAAAUGAAUGAAGACCUUAUUCAGAAAGAAAGAAGGCUUGAGGAGUUACAGAGUCAGCUUGCAGAGGAGAAGGAGAAAGCUGCACACUUAAAUGAACAAGUCCAGCAGGAACGUUCCCGCAAAGAGCAGGAGCUGAAUGAGACCAGAGAUGAACAUCAGUCUCAGAUAAGCAGCCUUCAGGAAAAGAUUGCUAGCUUGGAGAAGACUGUUGUGUUGGGUGAGACCUUAGUUAAAGAGCUGAAGGCCUCAAAUGAGAUGUCCCUUUCUCAUGCCUCAGAGGUCCAUGUGAAGGAACUUGAGGCACUACAGAGCCAGGUUGAGAAGUUGAAUGAGGAGCUUUCCUCAUCAAAUGACAAAACCCAGGAGCUACAAAAGUUGGUCUCUGAGCUGCAACCAUUCAAGGAACAGGCUCAGUGCCUUUCUGCUGAGCUUGACUCCUACAAGCAUGAUGUUGAACAGUUGUCCAAAAAUCUGGAAAAGCAGAGUCUAGAACUGGAAAACACUAGUAAGGAAAGUGAGGAUGUUAAGACAGAGAAAGGCAUACUGGAGAAACAACUUUCAGAUUUACAGAAAAAGCUCUCUGCCCUUGAGAAAAAUCACCAGGAGCUUUCAGUCCAGAAUAACGAACUGCUAAUCACCAGAGAUAAACUUUCAAAAUAUCAAGAGGAACUACUCGCCACCAACAAGCAUGUAGAUGAAGAACGGAUUUCACUGAAUGCAGAGUUAGAGAAACUCAAAAGUCUUGUUCAGGAAGUGCAGACUGAAAACAAGAACCUGCUACAUAUUAAAGGAGAACACUUGGCCCAGAUCGAGGAGUUUCAAAGACAAUGUGCAGAGAAGAAUGAUUUGCUCCAAAAGCAUCAACAGGACAUUCAACAAAUUCAAGCUAAGAAGAAGCAACUGCUUGAGGAUUUUGAAAAUGUCUCCAAAGAGAAAAAACGUCUUGAAGAGGACCUCAAUGAAAGCCGGUCAAAGCUUACAUGUGAGAAGGAUGAUCUGAUUUUAGAGAGAGAUGCUGCCAGAAAUGCCAAAACGUCUCUUGAUGCUAAGAAUGCAGAGUUGCAAGAAAAACUCAAAUCUUUAAACUUGGAAAAAGAAGAUCUCACAUUGAAGAAUACGCAGCUACAGGCACUCACAGAAACACUGACAAAAGAGAAAGUGGAGAUGUCCUCUGAAAUCAAUGCCUCAGUUUUGGAUAAAAAGAGUCUGGAGUUGAUGAAAGAGGAGCUCCUGACUAAGCUCACUGUUGCAAAGAAAGACUUGGAGACCUCUGUCUGUGAAUGUGAAGAACUGAAAGCCUCAAAAAUGAGUCUGACCCAGAUGCUGGAAGAGUUCAAAAAAAGCAGUCAGGUGACUGACUCUGAAAGACAUAAUCUUCUGCAGGAGAAAGAAGACUUACUUGCAACCCAAAGGAAAGUCGUUAAUGAGAAGGACAGGCUCCACAAAGAGAUAGAAGACCUAAAGGAAAAGCUUCAAAUCUCAGCAGAACAACUGACCCAGUCCAAUGACAAAUUUAAAGAAGCAUUAUCAUCCUUUGAGCAAGAGAGGCAAGCAUUUCGUCUUCAAUGUUCUGAAGCUGAGAUGUCUCUGCAUGCAAUUCGAAAGGAAAAGAUGAGCCUGGAUUCAGCAUUAGAGCAGCAGAAAAUGGAUUAUGAGCUUCUGACAGUGGAGAAGGGAGAACUGGAAGAAAAACAAACAAAAGUAAUGUCUGAGAAACACAAUAUUUCUCUUGAACGAGAGAAGUUGGCAAGUGAUAUUCGCACGACUAAAGACCAGUUGGAUAGUUACUCUAGAGCUAAUGCUGACCUCAUUCAAGAGAAUUCUAAUUUAACAACAACGCUGGAGGAAACCAAACGCCAAAAAGAUGAGGUUGAAGCAGCGGUGACUGCUUUAAAACGGGAAAAGGCUGACCUUCAAAAUGAACUGCAGAAAAAUAACUCUGAUUUUGGAAUUCUUGAAAAGUGCAAAAAUGAACUUGUUCAAGAGCAUAAUAAACUAAAACUGGACUUUGAGAAUACUAACUUAGAACUUGCUCAACAAUUGGAUAACCUUACCAAAGUUAAACAUGGUCUGCAGCUAUCACAGACAGAUGCAGACAAACAAGUGCAGUCUUUGCAGAACGAGAACCAGAGGCUGCUUCAGGUGACGCAGGACUUAAAAUGUCAGACUGAAUCGGUGUUGGAGGCCAAGCGCAUCCUUGAGACUCAGCUACAAGCUGAAUCUGGUGAAAGGAGUAAAGCAAUGUCUGACAAGGAUAGUCUUUCAAAACGAAUUGAUGAGCUACAGAAAACAUUGUCCGAAGUUACACAAGAAAAUACAGAGAUGUAUUCCAACCUUAAGAAUGCAGACGAGCAAAAGAAGUCUUUAACUGUGGAUAUGGAGAGUUUGAAAACGCAGUUAAAACAGCAAGAGCAAGAAUCAAGUCAGUUGACACAGGAUAAAGAACAGCUAUUAUCUAAGCUUGAGGAGAUGGAAAAACAGACUGCCUUUUUGACCACAGAGAAAGGAGACCUUUUAGCUGCACAGUUUAAGUUGGAACAGGACAUGUCUUCUCUCAAUGCAAGCCAAGAAAAUUGGCGCACAGAACAGCUUAGUCUUCUUGAUGAGUUGGAGAAGUUGAAGGCAAACCAGAAAGGACUAGAGGACGAAGUCACGGCCCUUAAAUGUGAUAAAGAACUUUUAGAAAAGCAAUACAGGGAUGCUGUCGCAGAGGUAUCAGCUUCUGCCACUGUUAAAGAAGAGAUUUCCUCCAGUGUUUCGGAGUUGACCACUCAGAAGAAUGCCCUGGAGGCGGAGAGAGAUGAAGCUACCCAGCAAGUCAGGCAGCUCGAGUCCCAACUAAAACAUACCAUUUCUAAGCAGCUUGAGGCUACAGAAGCCUCUGGUAAGACAACCGAGGCUCUGGAACAGCUGACAAAAGAAAACAACAAUUUGACGCAGGAGAAGAAUGAAGCCGUGUCUUUGCUAGAAGAGCUUCGGAGCUCCAAACAGGAGACUGAGGACAAGCUGGAAACAUUGAAAAAAGAGAAUUCCAAGUUCCAAGAAGAUCUGAAAGUAUCUAAAGAUCAGCUUUCUACAGAAAGUCAGAGGAUCAAGAGUCUGUGCCAGGAAAUUGAGGAGCUGAAAGAGGCCGCGUCAAUGACCUCACAGUCUCUGCAGAUGCUGAAAGAAGAAAACAACAAGUUGACUCAGGAGCUUGAUGGCAAUCACAAAGACCAGAGUGAUCUUGUGAAGCUUCAAGAUGAGCACUCACUACUCAAAAAACAGCUUAAAGAGAUGAAGCAAAGCCUGCCUAAUAAUGCCUUCAGUGAGAGCACCUUGAAGAAGCAGUUGGGAAAAGAGAAGGCCGUGCUUGAGCAGUCGGUUCAUAAAAACAGUGCCUUAAUCUCAGAAAAGGACCAACAGAUGAAAAACCUGAGGAGCGAGCUGGAUGUUUUGCGUGGGGAAGGCGUCACAGCUGAGAAACUGCAGGCCACAGUUAAGGUCUUGGAGCAGGACAAAGCUUAUCUACAAGAGCGUAUUCAGAGACUGGAGAAGGACCUGGCUGCAGGGCCUGAAAACAUCAACAGCUUAUCAGGUGAUGCAGUUUUCGAUCAGCUAAGGGAGGAUAAGGAGACUGCAGACGGUCAGGCAGCGAUUGAGUUUCUGAAUUCAGUCAUCAUUGACCUUCAGAGGAAGAACGAGGAACUCAAGGGCAAACUUGAGACGAUGGCAGCUGCUGCUCUCAAUGGGAAUAAUCCAAACGAGCAGGAUAACUAUGACGGCAACGGAGAGGAACCCGUGAAGAAGAAGCUUCCCCCUAGGCUCUUCUGCGACAUCUGUGACUGCUUCGACCUCCACGACACAGAGGACUGUCCCACGCAAAUGCAGAUGCCCGACUCGCCGCCUCACACCACCUACCAUGGCAGUAAGGGCGAAGAGCGACCCUACUGUGACAUCUGUGAGGUCUUUGGCCACUGGACCGAUUCCUGUAACGAUGACCAGACCUUUUAAAGCCUUUUUUAACCCUCGUUCGCACAAUCACUACAUUUGCACAUGAUGUUCGAUGACGCAGUUGUUUUGGGGUUUUUACAUUUGUGCGUGUGUGCUUUCUGUGUGCUUGUAUUUGCCAAGCAUUUUUCUUGUCUCCACCAGCUGCCACACGCUGUUACAAGUGAAAAGCCUCCUCGGUAUAUCUCCUCUAAAAUCCACACAUCCAGAAAAAGCAUACAUCGAAUAACUUAACAGUUUGUGUUUGUAUUGUGAAAGAAUUUUGGGGUGCAAGCGUUUCGAAAAACCUGCAUUUGUGUGAGCGGAAACUGUGGGUGGACUUAAUGUUGGAGAAGCAAUGGUUUGCAAAUCAUGUAAUUUAUCAAUAUCCUAUCAAAACUGUUUGCACAGCUUGUCGGGGACAACAGAGCUAAUAUAAUCAUUAAAGGUCUUGAAAACUGUAAAUUACUGGAUUAAAUACAAAUAUUAUGUGCAAAUAAUUGGUGAGCUAUAGUUUAUUUUUUUAUGCCUGGAAAUACAGUGUACUCUUGAA